AUGGCGAAUGAAAUUUUGGUGGGCGACCCUAGCACAAAGAAUGCCGGAUCAUUGAAGAUUGAACGCCAUGCCGUUCUCACGUGUUUAUGCGAAGCCAAAAAAGCCUUCCUCCUCGACCGCCUCCCGCUCCCCUUUGUGCCCAGCUUUGCCACUUGCCUGCACCAUCCAACCCCGCAUCCACAACUUGCACAUCACUGCGCGGAUGCUGUUAAAGCCACGAAGGUCGUACGGAGUCGAGGAUUCCAGCCGGUUACGAAAGAAGCUCGGUCAUGCCGCCGUUAUGGUGGCGUGCGCCCGCCUACGACGAGACAGACGGAAAGCAGCGAUAGAGACCGCGGAGCGGCUGCCUCCUAUGAAACCAAAGAAAAACCAACCCCCUUGCUAUUAUCGAGUGUGUGUGAUUAUAUAUCUCCCCCUACGAAAAAGAAGAGAGGUGGACGCG